UUUUUUUUUUUUUUUUUUUUGGUUCUUUUUUUUUUUUCGGAGCUGGGGACCGAACCCAGGGCCUUGCGCUUCCUAGGCAAGCGCUCUACCACUGAGCUAAAUCCCCAACCCCCCCUUGUGCUUCUUUUAACAAAUUGGUAAGGAAGCCAGCUGAAUAGCACCAACAGCUGUUAUCUGUGUGGUGUGCCACUUGUGGAAAACAGGGUUAAGCAGUGUGCUGUCCAAAGAUGAGUCAGUGCACUCUCUGCCCUGAGGAAGCUUAUGCGUGUGUGCGUGUGUGUGUGCGUGCGUGUGUGUGUGUGUGCUUUUGUGUGCAUGUGUGCAUGUGUGUGUGUGCGUUUGUGUGUGUGUGCUUGUGUGUGUGUGUGUGCGCGUGUGUGAUGUGCAUGUAUACUUUCAAGUGUGUAUAUAUACUUGCAUGUAUGUGUAUAUGCAUCUGGAGGCUAGAAAUUGAUGCCACGUGGACCAUUCUCCACUGAAUUACUGAGGUAGGGUCUCUCACUGAUCCUGCACCUUGCCUAAUAUUGCUAGCCAGCUGGCCCCUAGGACUGCCUGUCUCUGCCUCCUAAGUGUGGGGUUCCAAGUGGGCCACCACACCUCCUAGGUGCUGGGGAUCUGUGUUUGGUCCACAGGCCUAUGUGGCAAGCACUUCAGCCACUGAGCUAUUUCCCUGGCUCUUCAGGAAGCUUCUAACUCUGGGGAGGUGGAAUGUUGUAGAAUCUUAAAACUACUGGGCAUCCAUCAGCCUUAAGUAUGUGGUGGCCUGUCUGAGCCAGCUUAUGGAAUCUGAGGUACUAAUCUAAGAGAAAACUGGCAUUCCAUGGUAUCCUAGCAUUUUAGGAGGGAGACGGGGAAGAUAACCUUUCUUCCCCUUCAGUAGAUUAGAGGGAGCAAAAGGCAGAUUUAUCUAGGCAUGGAGGUGGCCCAUUGCUUGGAGCAGACCUUUGUCAAAGCUGUCAUUCUGGAAACUCCUUAUUUGACUACUAUCCAUUCUGGCACACAUGAUGGUUUUAGAUGGUCUAUUUUAUGCUAAGUGCAUUUAUUUGGAAAGUAAACUUCUCAUCAGCACUGGGAACAGAUAAUCCAUCACAUAAAAUUCUUGGACUUCAACUUUCUAAGGAGCUGUCACUGUCCUGACAGGUUGGGAUGAUUCUGUAAUGGCUCCCCCAGUUUCUGCUUCUGUUAGAGUCCUUUUGUCUUCCGGCCUGCCCACCUUGUUUAUUCAUUCAUUUAUUCAUUUAUUCAUUCAUUCAUUCACUUAUUUGUUUGUUUGUUUAUUUGUACAGGAUCUUACUGUAUAGUCUAGACUGGCCCCUUGUUAAAAUCCCCCUGCUUCAGCCUCUCUUACUUUUUCGAGACAGGAUUUCUCUGCAUAACCCCAGCUGUCCUGGAACUUGCUCUGCAGACCGGGCUGGUGUUGAAUUCAGAGAUCCACCUGCCUCCAUCUCUCCAGUGCUGGGAUUAAGGGUGACACCAUCCCCACCCCACCCUCUUUUGCUUUUUAAGAUCAGGAAAGUGGCUUAGAAUAUUUCACUGCAGGGCACACUUUGUUGCAGGGGUGGAUCCUGCAGUGACGCUGCUUUCAGAAGGACAUGGUGGGGGAUGUUAGUUUAGUCACUUUCCUGCCAGGGCGACAAGAAUCCCUGGGGAAAACAUCUCACAUCUCACAGGUCUCAGCCUGGCUUCACUGCCUUCAGUCUGUGACAAACAAGACACAAGACACAUAGGACGCAUCCUGGCAGGAGGACAGGGCAGAAGACACCCGAGUUUCUCCCGGCAGCUGAUGGGUGGAGAAUAGGGAGGUCCCUUACUCACCAAGAGCAGGCUAUUCAGCUGUGAACUCACUGAUGGUUCACUAGGACCUUCAUGAUCCUCUUCACAUCACCACGUGAGGACUGAGCCGCCAGCACAUGAGCCUUCAGGGGACAUUGGAACUGUCACAGAAAUGCCUGCUUUUACUGAUUUAUUUCAAAUAUGCACACACACACACACACACACACACACACACACACACACACUUUUUUUUUUCUUCCAUGUACUGGGGAUCGAAUCCAGGACUUUGUGUAUAGUAACUGUGUACUUUACCAUUAAGCCCCACCUUUAGCCCUCUGUCCAAUUUCUAGAAGUCCUUCCUGGGUUUUGUGGUUGCAUUAUCCAUUAGUUCCUUGAGGGUGGAUCUCACUGUGUUACCCAUGCUUACUCUGACUAUGACCUUGACCCUGGAAAUUCAAGUGAUACUCCUGUCUCAGCCUCUCCAAUAACGGAAGUUAUAGUCACAAAUGACUACACAUAGCUAGAUCUAGCUAGUUUAUCCUUUCUUUCUUAAAAAGAUUUGUUUAUUUUUAUGUGUACACAUGUUUUGACUGCAUGUAUGUGUACCAUGUAUAUGCCUGGUACCCAUAGAGGCCAGAAGAGGGCACCAGAUCCCCUGCAACUUCAGUGCUUGAGCUGCUGUGUUAGGAAUUGAACUCUGAUCCUCUGUAGAAGGAGCCAGCACUCUUAACCACUGAGCCUUCUCUCCAGUCCUGCUAGUUUAGUUUUUAAAAGUAAAUAGUGCAUUUUGAUAUUUAAGCAAUUACUAGUCACAAUUGCUUGUGACAUACAAUGAUAAAAUGUACCCAGUGUUUUAGGAUCCAAGGUGGGUGAGUCCAGGCUUGGGGGUUAGGGCAUAUAUAUACAAGCGAGGAUCAGGGGAGGCUCUGCUGAAGCAUCAUUGGCAUUGCCUGGGACUCCGGCUGAGGACCCAGGGCUGUCCUCUACGGUAUUUGAAGGCACUGGCUGUUGAGCAACACAAACAGUGCUUGCUUUAGCAGUGCUGCUCUUCGUCUGUGUUCAGGAAGAUUUGCUUUGGGUGCCGGGAGAGGUGGGAGAGCUAGAUGCCACUCCUGGGCCAGUGCAGGGUGGUGUGGGCUAUGGCAGUAAGAGGAGCUGGGAGGGAAGGACCACGUGUCAGCUGUCAGGCUUCCCAGAGCGCCUCAUCCAGUGGACAGAGGAGCAUCACUCAGACAGUGGUGAAUCUGGCAAGGCAUUUCCUAGCCAUUGCUCCUUUAAAUGGCAGAGUUUCUGGCAUUCAUAAAACAUGUGCUGACCAUGUGCUCUCUGAAUUUUCAAAACAUUAUCCCUGCUAUGUUCCUAUGCGGAUGCAUUUUAAAACAACGAAAAUAUGCAUUACUUAACACGUCUGGUUUAUUCAAGUGGAAGGCCUUUGUUUCCUGGAGACAGAGUCUCGCUAUGAGGCCCAGGCUGAACUGGAAGCCAUCUGUCUCCUGCCUCAGCUCUCAGUGCUGUGGGGAUCACAGGCAGUGCUCCAGUCCCACUUUUUAUCAUUUUGUGUCACAGGUGUCUUAGCUUUUGUUACAGAGCAUAGCCUUUUCAGGAUUCAGGGACUCUAUAAUGUCUUGAUUUUAUUUUUGUUUUCUGAGACAGUGUCUAACCUGUGUAUUGUUGGCUGGCCUGGAAUGCUCUAGGUAGCCCGGACUGGUCUCAUACUCAGAGGAGAGUUGCAUGCCUCUGCUUCCCAGAUGCUGGGAUUAGAAGUGGGCACUGCCACACCUAGCUGUCCUAAGUUUUUAAAAAGUGACUUAAAUUUUAUUGGCCGUGAUCAUUUGAUCUCAUACUUAAGUGAUCCUGGGUUAGGGACUCAGUUCUGAAGAAAAAAAAAAAAACGUGUUUUUAACUUGAAGUUAAUAUCUGAUUUGUUUUAUUCUUAAUUUCCAUUUUGACCUUUAGCUAUUUUAAAGAUAAACUUUUGUGGUUUAAUUUUAAUAUUGCCUUACUAAGUGCUGUAACUUAUAAUAUUGCAGUGCUCUUAAUAUUAAAUAUUAAUAUAAAUAUUAAGUAACAUGAAAUAUUAAAGCUGCAAGAAUUAUACUUAAAAACAAAUUAAUUUUGGAAUUACGAGAGUACAAUAAUAUAACUGCAUGGUAGUGAGAAAAAAAAAGCCACUUCAGGGCUCAGCCUGGCACAUUCACUUUUGCCAGGUUGGUGUGGGGCUUGUUGGCCUUGGUGGCCUUUCAAACAUGGUUUUGCAUAGUUGUGUCAGGUGUGCAUACCGUUUCCCGUCUUACAUUACUUUAUGCUAUCUGUAAACACACUAUGCACGCUGCUCUUUUGCAGUAGAGUUCUUUUUUUUUUUUCUUUCUUUUUUUUUUUUUUUUCGGAGCUGGGGACCGAACCCAGGGCCUUGCACUUGCUAGGCAAGCGCUCUACCGCUGAGCUAAAUCCCCAACCCCAGAAUUCUUUAUAUUUUUAUUUCUUACUUAUUUGUCAUAAUAUGUUGCAUAUGAUAGCAUCAUACAUGCAGAAGUCAGAAGACAGCCUGCAGUCAGUGAUUCUGUCCUACCACGUGGGUCCUAGGUACUGAACUCAGGUCAUGAGGUUUGGCAACAAGCACCUUUACUCGCGUUGUCGCCCCCUAUGUUUUUAUGUCUAACCGUUUUCAACGAUAGAGUAAUAAUAUUUUAUUUGAUAGCUGUUAAAUAACACAGCUAUUCCCUGAUACAUUUAGUUUAUUCUAACUUUUCAAUAUUCUAAUUAAUGCAAUAAUACUUUAGUGCUUCGACUAUGCUUUGGAUUUUUUUUUUGUUUUUUGUUUUUUGUUUUUGCUUUCUGUCAUCUUUACUGGUGUUGCUUUGCAGGCUGGAGUGAUGACUUGGUUGUUAAAAGUGCUUACUGCUCUUGCAGAGGACCCAGAUUCAAUUCCCAGCGCCUACGUGGCGGCUCACAGCCAUCUGUAACUCCAGUUCUAGGAGUCCUGACUGAUUUUUGAUCUCUGAGGGCUCCAGCAUGCAUGUGGUGUACAUACAUACACAUAAAAUUAAAUAACAAGGUAUAAUUUCAUGUAUAUCAUGGAUUUUGACUAUACUAUCCCUCAUAUACUUCCUUUUUCUUUCUUACUCUAGUCUCUUUUUGGCUUUCACAUGAUAUUUGUAUUUCUCAUAUGUUUAAUAUAUAUCUACAUGUGAUAUUUGAUAUCUAUAGCUAUGUAUGGUAUAUAUGUGUGUAUAUGCCUGGUUUUAGGUAUGCACACAAUCUAGGGUAACAAACAAGUAAUGACAUACAUUAUUCGUCUUUCUGAGUUUAGUUCAUUUUAUUUAAGAUGAAGGUCUCUAGAUGCACCUAUUUUCUAGCCAGUGACGUACUUUCAUUUUUAUGGCCAUCUAAAACUCCAUUAUGCAUAUAUGCUACAUUUCCUUUAUCUGAUCAUUCUUGAUGGAUAACUAAGCCGAUUCCAAAGCUUGACUGUUACAAACAGUGCUGCACGUGCUCAGUAGGGCAGGCAAGUGUGGUUGAGAUGUUGAGAGCCCCUCAGCUGUAAACCCAGUCCACGGUCGUUCUGUUUUUAUUUUUUGGGGGGAGCCUCCACAAUGGCUGUACUUAGAACAUACUAUCCAUGGGCAGUAUGGAAGGGGUCCCUCACUUUGCAUAUUGGUAAUAUUUCUCUGACUUUUUUUCUCUUCAUGGUAGCCAUUCUUUUAGAUAGACUGUGGGUAUAGUUUUAAUCUUUAUUUCCCUGAUGGCCAUAACUGUCCAACACUUUUUAUGUCUUUAUUAGACAUUGUGCUUUAUCUUUUGAAGCUUGGUCAUUUCAUUAGCUCAUCUACUGAUUGAAUAUUUAGCCUUUUACUUUUUGAAGUUCUUCAUAUAUUCUGGAUAUACCACCAGAUGUGUAGCUAGCAAAGAUUUUUCUCUCGAUCUGUGAGGCGUCUCUCUUUGUAGAUGCUUUGGUAUGCUUUUCAGAACUAUUGAAGUCUUUUGCAGGAGUCUCUGCUUAUGUCUUGUAGUGUUUUCUUGUAGCGAUUUCAAUAUUCAGGGCAUAUAUUAAGGUCUUUAGACAAUUUCAAUGGACUUUGUACAGAGAGGGCACAGGGUCUUGUUUCAUUUUUUCUGCAUGUAGAUAUCCAGUCUCCCCAGCACCACUUAUUGAAGAGGCGUGAGGAACAGCCGAGUAAGCCAGGGGAAGUGAGGCAGAAGCAGGGCAACUGGGUGGUUUCUGCUCCAAGUUCUUCCUGCCUAGGGUCCCCACCUUGGUUUCCUUCAAUGAUGGACCGUGAUCUAUAAGCCAAGUCAAUCCUUUCCUACCCCAUGUAAGUUGCUUUUGGUCAGUGUUUUAUCACAGCAACAGAAAGCAAGCCAGGGUAAUGGCGCUCAGAGUACAUUUGCAUGUUGCCUAAGAUUACUUUUCCUAAGAGUGUGUCAGGUAGUAAGUUACUCUCAUUUUAUAGAAGUAUACAUUAAGGCCAUAAGAAGUGAAGUCAUUUACUCAGUUCCCCAUAGCCCUUAAGUGGUAAAACUAAAGUUUGAAGCUGAGAUUCAGACUUCUGUGUCUCUUUGGGCUGGCGAGAUGCUCAGUGGUUAGUAAGGGACCUCGCUGCUGAGAUGCAGAUGUAUAUGUCCCCAAAGCCGUGUUAAUCAGGCUCUCCAUAGAUGCUCCACGGGCUAGUAAAACACAGACAUUGCCUUUGUUUUCUUUGCUCACUAGCACUCCAGACUUCUCCCAUGUCUGUGGUGUUCCUGUGUUCCCUUUGCAAACCUCGGUAGAUGAAUCUUCAGAAGGCAAUUGUCUGGGAGACUCUCCUUGUUAUGGAAGUAAUGGUGUCUGAGGUCAGCAAGUGAGCCUCACAUUCAAGCAGGUCCAGAGACACCCCAUUUAUUGCUAGCACAGUCUCUGUCUCAUUAUAGAGAACUCCUCCUUGCUGGGCAGCUGUGGGAGCAUUGGUGCAGACUGUCACAGCAGUAAAGAAGGUUAGGUUUGGUUUCCUUCGGGUACUACAGGCUUUAGGAUGAAUAUAUGGAUUGGUAGUGGCUGCGCAGUUUCUCUGGGUACCAGUGUACUGAUAGUUUAUUAUUUUCCUUUUGGGAGACCAAAACAAUCUGUAUUUUCUUGUUCACUUUAAACAGCAAAAUUCCAUUUUCCCAUCUGUUGUAAUACCAGUGGCAUGUUUGGUUUGGUAAGAUGCUUGCUUUGUGGUUCCAUUCCAAAAAGGGUUGAAUCCAUUCAUUAAGCUGUAUUCUGGUUUAUUUAUUAUGGACCUUCAAAACCAGUCUCAGUCUUUGAGUAGGGAGAACUGACGUGACAAAGUUGUGCGUUGACCUCUGCAUGUGCACUUCCCGUCUCACGCACAAACCAUAACGUGAACCGGAACACUUUGUGUACCCUUUCUCCUAGGCAAAGCACAAAACACUUUCUAAAUAUUCAUGGAGAUUAAGAUUAUAUAUAUGUAUUGAUAAACUGAAUAUAUAUAUAUGUUUUCCAGGAAGUAGAGGUCUGUGUUAUGACAGAGUUGGGUUUGAGAUAUGAAGAGAUAAUAUUCUACUUAAAGUGAAUGAAUGUCAAAAACUCAUUUUCUGAUAAUAUUUUUAUAUCUGUGCUGACUUUUGUUUCUGUCAACUUGACGCAAGCGAGGGUCAUCUGGAAAGAGGAAACUUCCACCAAGGUGAUGUUUUCCUUCAUCAGAUUGGCCAGAGGAGGGCUCUGGGGCGUUUUCUUUAUAAAUGAUUGGUGUGGGAGGGCUCAGCCCACUGUGGGAGGGGCCACCCCUGGGCAGGUGGCCCCAGAGUAGAAAAAGCAAACUGUACAAGUCAAGCAGGUGCACUCCUCCACGGCCUCCGCUGUUUCUGCAUUCAGGUUCCUGCCCUGCCCUCCCUCCGUGACUGAUCUGUAAGCUGAAAUAAACUCAUCGAUUAUAAACUGCACGCCGAACAAACUUCCCCAGCUUGCUUCUGGUCAUGGCGUGUUAUCACAGCGAUAGAGACCUAACCAGAACAGUAUCUUUCCAUUUCUCUGCCUUGGAAAUAGAAGCCAAUUGAAUGAAAUCUCAGCAGCCUCUACCGUUUCUAGGAUGAUAGAGGGACUUUGGUAGUUGAGCAUGUUAAGAAUGAGACUUAGUUUCUUCCAUUCCAAAAGCACAAGGAAGCACAGGGCUCCUGAAGGUCAUUUGGGAGCCAUUCGCACGGUACCUGCACUGCAUUGCAGCACCAGGUGGACAAACCCCAUUUCCCAGCGGCAGGAAGACCGUCUGCACCCAGCUAGACUCCACAACUCCACAAUAACUCGGAAAGCUCACUGGCUUCUUCAGAGGUUCCGUCCUUUUUAGGCCACAUUGUUCACGUUCGUACCCUUCCCUUCCUGUAGGAUGUAUAUGAUCCUGUAUGAUCUAUAUGUCCCCAUCUCUGGAUCAGAUACUACCUAUGCGUUUCUCACCAAGUCAGAGCAACUAUGACUUCUCUGGAGGAGAAAUCAACACUCGUGUGCGUGUGCUUUUCAAUGUUAAUAUUUCCGAUUUUGGCUCUUAUAAAUGCCAGUGAGCAUUUAGUGCUUUGAAGCAAUAAAUCUUAAUAGGUCACUUUACUUUUUAAUAAUAGGGAGACUAUAUUCGACAUCACUUUUAGACAGCAAAGGUGUUAGUUAAUCCGAAACUUGCUAUUUAAAAAAUUAUUCCCUUAGUUAUUUGGUUGUGAUGGAGCACACCUUUAGUCCUAGCAUUUGGCAGGCAGAGGCUGGCAGAUCUCUGAGUUUGAAGGCUAUAUAGUGAGUGAGAGAGACCUUAUCCUAAAAAUAAAAUGGUUUCUCUCGAAAGAUUAGUCACAUUGCUCAUAAAGAACAGCAUACGUAAUUUGUAUAAUAUAUAUAGCUUGUAUAAUAUAUAGUUAUAAAUGCAUAUUAUCCAAAGUACUGUCUAGGAAAGAAUAAAAUCUAUGUAUGUAAACAUAACUUUAUGGUCCUUUAGAUCUUGAACGUCUGGAGGUUGGCAAACAGUACUUCUUCUCUGUGCCUUCAGUACCAUAACUGAGUAAUAGUCCAAGGCUUCAGGCACAGAUAUGUCUUUUGGUAUAGCCUUACUUUGAGGAAAUUUAGUCUGGAAGUUCCAGAGAUUCAAAGCAGAAUAAAUAGCAGCUUUUGGAGUUUAUAGUAAGUUGAAUUUACCUGAUGACCGGUCUUAAAAGUCAGUUCUGGGAGGACAAUGAUAACGCCAUAUUGGAAGCACUGUUUUAACCUAAGCGCCAGGCAUCACUUAGGAUAUAUAGAAGAAUACAGAGAUGGGCACAGCCCGGUAAUUUUUACUAUAGUACAUAGAAGUUUGUAUUUGCCUGUGUUUCCUCCCUGUGGCUGGAGGACCCAGGGGGAUUUUAUUUUCCAGUGUUUUCAGAAGACAGAACAGUAGGCAUUCUUCCUGUCUGCCAUCCCGGGGACACUGCUGAGCAUAGAACGGUACGUUCAGGCCUAACCUGUUUUGGUAAAAGUCUUGUUCUGGGUUUGUUCAAGUGUAAGACUCAGAAGGCAGCUACUAAUUCUGGAAAAGGAAACUACUGUUUUUAGCAGAGAGAUCCGAAGUAACUCCUGAGGGCGCAGGCCGGAGAGCCUACCAGCUGCCAGAGAGCUGCUCCCUGUGCCCUCCCCUUAGAGUCUCAGGCCCUCCUGUGGUUCAGGGUGCAGCAUAGAGACAGAAAUUGUUUAUUCCCAAGGCUGUUGUAGUGCAAACAGAUUUAGACAUGAAUAAUCGCAGGCAAGCAUGCAUUUUGGAAUAUUGCUUAAGAGGAAAUUCUUUGAAAAGACAAAUAGCGUUUUGUUUUGUUGUCCCCUCUGAAAAAAAGGUUCCUUUACACAGAGAAACCCAGUCUCAAAAAAAAAAAAAAAAGCCAUAGUUGGAUAAGAGUGUUUGUGCUUUGCCAGAGAGAUGUCCUCACUCCUAGUGCAAGCAGGGAUAAAGACAAUCAUCCUCUUCAUUAAAAAGAAAUCAACAUUGAUAUCGUUUAGUAAGAGUCCACGCUCCAGUCAUGUCAGGUUUCACGAGGUGCAGUUGACACACAGUGAGUUCCUUAUUUAAUUAUGCAGUUCUGCCAGCCUUGUAUGCAGUCGUGGAGACAUGACUGCAACCAGGUAACCUCUGUCGUCCUCUCCUGCCCUUGGCCAUGGGAUAGCCAUCAGUCUGCCUUUCACUACUGUAACCAGUGUGAAUUCUACAACAUUUUCUGUUCAUGUAAGCACACAGUGUAUCUUUUUCCUUUCCCUGUACUCAGCCAUUUUGCGAUCCCUGUUGUUUCACCCCUCAGUAAACUUGUAAAACAACGCGCUCGUUUGUAGUUCAUCCACUAAAAUUAAAGAGAUUUAUUUAAUUUUAUCUUAUGUGUGUGUGUUUUGCCUGUAUGUAUGUAUGUACAUUUUUAUGUACAUAUGUAUUAUAUAUGUAUGUGCACUGUGUGUGUGCCUGAGUCCCUUGGAGGUCAGAAGAAGAUGUCAUAUUCCCUGGAACUGGAGCUAUAGAUGGUUGUGGACUGCCACAUUGGUGCUGGGAAUUAAACCUGGGAUUUCUGCAAGGGUAGCAAGUGCUCUUAACCAUUGGACCAACUCUCUCCAGCUCAGUUUAUUCAAGUUUAUUCCCGAGUUGUGUUCCAGUAUAUGGAAACCAGAUUUUGUUAAAAAUAUGGUGGGUGGUGGCGGCUCAUGCCUUUAGUCUCAGUGCUCUGGGGCAGAGGAAGGCGGAUCUCUGAGUUUGAGGCCAUUCUGGUCUAUAACGCAAGUUCUAGGGCAUUCAGGGCGACAGGGAAUCCUUGUCUCGGACAGACAGACUGACUGACUGACAGACGGUGGACAAAUAGACGGACAGACAGCAAUGUUCACCUGUUAGGCCUUUGAGCUAAGUGUUUUUGUGGGUCUGGAUGUACAAAGCUUUGUGUGGGCACAUGCUUCCAUUUUUCUCUGGUAGCCUGCUUGAGUUGUCUUGUAGUGUGUGUCAGCUUUUUAAGGUACGUAGUGCUAGCCAUCGCCUUGCCUGUGGAAAGGAGAGAGACCCAGAGGUACAGAAAUGUGCUAGAGAACUGAGCAAGCAGGUGGCAGACGGUGGACAGAAGACAAGAUCAGGGCCCGCAAACAUUGGCGACUUGGUUUCUUACAACUCUGUUUUCUUGUAUUCCAGGUUAAGAUUCAAGCGAGGCUGCCCCUGGCAGUGGCCUACUUCUCACACUGGUGUAUGGUGCUGCUAUCUUCCUACCUAACAAAAUGCCUUUUGUCGUAUGACGGUUUUUGAACCUGGGGUUUUGAAAGCCCUUUUUUGUUUUUCCCUUGUUAUCUUCUGUAAUCUUUCUGAAGGAUCUGACUUUUUAAUUUUUAACUCAUACACUUGAGAUUUGGAACUCACAGUUUUUUCUUUUUCUUUCUUGAUGGAGCCUCACUCUGUUGGCUGGCUGGCAACACUCACUAUGCACUUUUACGCCGCCUGGCCUCAGAGGUGGGAUACAGUCCUCCUCCUGUUCAGCCUUCCGAGUGCUGUGAUUACUGAGGGACGCCUCUGAGGCUGCUUUACAACUUAAACGUUUUUUGAAUUAUAUGCAAAAAAGAGAAUCACCAGAGAAGAUACCCGAUAGGACAGAAAACAAUUUAUUGAUAGUGUGGGAAUAUCUUAUAAAGAGUAAAGUUUGCCUUUACCUAACCCCUCUCUCUUUGUCCCCUCUCAGCCAUGUGAAUUUUUUAGUUAAAGGAAUAGCAUUUAGAACUUUUUAAAGUGAGCAGUUUGUAUAAAGUACAGGUUAAGAAGUGGCCAUGUUCCAUUUGGGGAAGGCUUUUGUGAGAGUGAAAACACAGUAACUCUUCUUGGUGUCGCUGCCACCACACCUCACCUCUGCCCAUCCUCCACAGGGCGCUCCUGCCUCCUGAGUGCUGGGAUUACAGACAGACAGACAGACCGCACCACUAUUUGGGAUUCGUGCGGUGCUGAACAUCAAAGCCAUGCCCUCAUGCACUGUGCAUCUGUGAACACACCCUCAGCCUUACUUUACUUUCUCUUGGAGGCAAGGUCUCAUGUAGUCUAGGCUGGUUUCAAACUCUUGAUCCCCCUGCCUCCUGCCUCUGAAGUGCCAGGAUUAAAGGCAUGUGUCCCCAUGUCUGACAUUCUUUCCCCAUUUUUAAGUUGGGGUAUUUGUUUCUACAGUUGAGUUUUAAGGGUUCUCUAUAUUCUUUAGGUUUUAGCCACAUAUAUGAUAGCAAAAUGCAAACAUUUCUCACAUUUCUAACAUAUAUUUUAUACCCUUAAAUUUGAAAUUGUUAUUUCAAAUUCACAGAGAGGUUAUAUAAGUAUUUAGAAUGAAAAUCCCUCAUCUAGAAUACUUUAAUAGACAGAAGUAUUUCCGAUUUCUUAGCUUUUGAGAUAUUGGGACAGGCUCUACCAAUGAGGCCGUGCUAACCUGGAAGGCUCAGAUGUAAACCGUCUGAGCAUCGCGCUACUGCUUUUAGGGCUGUGGAUGUUCAGAUCGGGCAUGACCAGGCUGGACAAUCAACUCCCGUGUGCUCCUUGUUCAGAAUCAGCCCUCUUCUUUUAGAGUCCAUUUUAGGUUGACCUUGUGCUGAGUCAGUCCAAUAUAGUGUUACCCGAGGCUUGGGGGAGAUAAAAUAAGAACAUGGUGCUUGUUUGAUAUGCAGAGUAAAUACUGCUAAUAAAGCAAUGAGUACAGUCCAGGACAGCACAGUGGGAGAGGAGGCCGAUGGUAAGGAGAGUGGUGUGCUGGGAUUGAGGCUCGUUCCAGUGGUCCUGAGUGUGACAGUACAUCGCCCCUGCAUUCUCUCGGCAGUGCUUGGGAAGGUACUGACUGUCUAAAGUGUGGGAAUUGUGGGGGAAUGCGGCCAUGUUGAUUUCUGGUGAAUCGAGCCACCUAUGCUGCUCAAAAUUCUUCAUGGCCAGGAUAGCCAUACAGCCGAGUAUCGGGCCCACAGCUGAGAAGUGUGGAGCUUGAGGAAUUGGUCCUCUCACCAGGACUAGAUGUUGCAAGAAGCAUGUCUUGAGCCCCUUAAAGGCCUUAAAGUGUUUGUUCUGCAGGCAUGAGGCUCUUCGUCCAUUCCCAGACUCACAGUCUAGACUACAGUGAGAGCUCCAGGCUAGCGAGAGACACUGUUUCAAACAUGGUGGAUGGCAUCACUGAUAUUUGACCCCCCUGGACACACAUGCACAUGUAGCCACACAUGUAUGUAGCCUUGGAUAUCUUUGAAUUGCUGAUCCUUCUGACUCCAUGGGUUGCUGGGAAUGGAGCCCAGAGCCUCGUCCAUGCUAGGCAAGUGCUCUACUGACUGACUGACUUAAGCUGGCUUUGCGUACUGUGAACCUUCAGCAGUGAGGAGCUUGAAUACGCUUCCCUAGUUUUAUUCUGUGCUGCGGUCGCUCACAGCUGAUGUGUUCCUGUCUGAAGACCCAUUCACCUCUGAAACGAGCAGAUGUUUAUAGGGAAGAUCUUGAGGCUUGGUUUGAUUCGCACCUUCUCUUUCCCUCUUGACCGAGUAGAGGGUUAGCCUCAGCUCAAGGCAGCAGUGGAGAGCCCGCUCUCCAAGUGUCCUGGCUGGUUGUAACUAGAAUAUAGACGGACUUUCCUGUUUUGCGAUUGAGUCUCUCUGUGUGGCCCAAGCUUCCUCAGUCACUUAAGGGCUGUGAUUUGAGAAAUGAGUCACCAUAUUCUACUGUAGACAGACAUAUUUAUCGGGUCCAUACACGUGGUCUAGUCCUGUUUGAAGUGUAAGGAUACUACGUGAUCUUAAGAAAUGUAUAUAUAAAGGUUUUCAGUAUAGUGCCUGGUACCAUAGUGCUUUCUGUCACUGUAGAGUUAGUUGUCAUCAUCACCAUCACCACCACCACCACCAUAGUUCUUUAACUGUUGGCUGUCAUCACCAUCAUCAUCACCAUCACCACCACCACCACCAUAGUUCUUUAACUGUUGGCUGUCAUCACCAUCAUCAUCACCAUCACCACCACCAUCAUCAUCACCAUCACCAUCAUCAUCAUCACCAUCACCAUCACCACUAUCAUCACCAUCUCCACCACCAUCAUCAUCACCACCACCACCAUCAUCAUCACUACCACCAUAGUUCUUUAACUGUUGGCUGUCAUCACCAUCAUCAUCACCAUCAUCAUCACUACCACCAUAGUUCUUUAACUGUUGGCUGUCAUCACCACCAUCAUCAUAAUCAUCUUAUCACCACUACCACCACCUUUUUUUUUAGAUUCAAAGAAGAUUGAUUUCAUUUAUUUUUAUUUUUGUAUGCAUAUGAGUGUUUGCCUACAUGGAUUUAUAUGUGUUGUUUUUGAGCCAAAUGCCCUCAAAGUCCAGAAGGGUCAGAUCCCCCUGGAACUGGAGUUACAGACAGUUGUAAACCACCCUGUGGAUGUUGGGAAAUGAACCCAGGUCCUCUGCAAGACCAGCAAAUGUUCGUAACCAUCCAUCACAAAAGCUAUCAUCUUCCUUAAAUUUGAUUUAGUUUAGUGAAGAAACUAAUGAAAUCAGUUUUACAGUUAAAUUCCAUUUAUUUAUUUACAUUUUAUUUGUAUUUUAUGUGUAUGAGUGCUGCCUUGCAUGUAGAUAUGUAGACUGUUUGCAUGCCUGGUACCUACAGAGGUCAGAAGAGAGCAUCAGAUACCUGGAACUGGGGUUACAGAGGGUUGUCAGCUGCCUUGUGGUGCUGGGAACUGAACCUGGGUCCCCUGACAGGAGCAGCCAGUGCUCUUAACCGCCCAGCCCUCAAUCCACCUUCUGCCCACCACCUUUUUUUUUUUUAUUCAAAGCCUCAGUGUGUAGCCCAGGCUGGCCCCAGUUCAUAGAAUUCUGCCUGCCUCAGCCAGCUGAGAUUAAAGGCAUGGCCAUCACCCUCAGCUCGUUACUUUUUAUAGCUACUCACACAUUCAAAAAGCAAUUAUGGGACUUCUCCAGGUUGACACACUAAACUCACUCAACAAUCAGCUCAGGACGCAGAAUAUUACCAGAACACAGCACAAUGAAGUACAGUAAGAUGAGGCAGGGACUCUUCUGAAGGAAAACAGAGGAGGAUUGGAUCCAGGGGAGUGGGGAGGUGCAAGGCAGAGGGAAUGAUGGGAGCAGAGGAUGGGAGAGAAGGCCGCAGGAAGGAUGUAACACAUGGGAGAAGAAUGAGGAAAUGAAUGUAAAUCCCCAUCACCUUUACAAAAUGAAAAAAGAAAAGAAACAGCCUAUUGCCAUGACCCCAACUUCUGUCUUUGUUCUUUGCAAAUCAUGUUUUGUUUUUCUAGGAGAAAAUAUUUUCCUUUAAUGUCGUGCGGCCUCAUGCUUCAUGCAAGCCUUUAACAGCUGUGGCAGGCAGGUGGACAUUAGGUGUGGCCUUAUUAGAUGCCCUUUUUUUUCUCUUGCUUUCAAAGCUUGUCUCUUGGGAAGGGAUUUUCUGGAGCUGUUAGGUUUGGACGGGGAGAGGCUGAGCGGUCCUGCAGGUCUUCCACACACAGGUGAUGUGCUCUCUGCCUUUAUUUAUCAGAGCUACAGAAGUCCACUGAGCACAGAGUUGUCCAUUGUACUAAAAGAAAAGGGAAAUAAUUGCUCCAGCUGCACGGGCUUCUUAGCUGUUGCCUGUAAAAAGCAUUUAACAUUAAAAGAGCCGGGCACACAGGGAGAAAGCCGAGGUGGAGGGAGAAAGCCUCGGUGGAGGAGAUGGAGGAGGGUGCACAAUGCUGGGUGACUCCUCUCCUGCGUGGAAGGAGGUCAUUAGGCCGAGCACAGGCUCCUCCCAGAAGCCCGGGACGCCACGUGUUUACCACUUCCUGUCUGGACAUGUUCAGAAAACUGGAGGAAAGUUUUCAAAAGGAGGCUUCUCAGGAGAAGAAUAAAGACCGGGAGCUGAAUUCAACGCUCUUCAUAUAUUUUCCUUUCCGAGGAGCAUACAGAUUCUGAAAACCCUGGGAACAUGCUUACUUGUGUGUGUCUCUUACCCUUCCGCACCCAGCUUGACUGUGUUAAGUGUCCACGUGUGAAUGUCAGAAUCCCACUGUUCAUUUUUGUGCUGUUAUUUUAUUUAUUAGGGUUUAUUUUAUUUUCCCUCAGGGCAGGCUCUCAUCGUGUGCCCCAAACUCACAAAAAUUCUCCCCACUCAGCCUCCUGAGCACCGGAUCACCGCUGUGUGCCCUUCGCUGUGGCUUAGUUAUUUUUUUUUCAGAUACAGAUACUGGGAGAUGGCAGAGAUGGUGAGGUGUUGCUGUGCAAACGUGAGAACCAGGGUUCACAUUACCAGCACCCACAUAAAAUCGGUGUAUGGGGGUGUGUGUCUACUACUCUGCUGUUGGAGGCUGGCAGAGGCUCCUGGAGCACACUGGUUAAGCAGCCUAGCAGAAUCAGUGAUGUGGAGACUGUCUCGGGAAGUGUUCUGUGGCCUGCCAUCUCAUCACAGAGCCACUGGACAGGACAUGUAAAGAUGCUAUGAUAGGUCUUUCCCAGUACAGAAGGCCUGCACGGAGCACUGACCAAGGUCAGAGUGAGCAUGCGCGGUAAAAGAGUUUCAGGAUUGAGCGGUCGGUUCCCUGGUCUGUAGGAAAAGGUUUACACUUAUUUCUCUGUUAAACUAGCUGUUGAAAACAUAUAUAAGCUAUGCUUUCAUUUAAUUGAUUUCUAAAGCACUAGAGUUGUUUCUGUACUGAAACUAUUGACUUUUAACAAACCAUAUUUAGAUUUUAAAAAGUUUAUGAACAUGUAUUUUUUUUUUUUGGUUGUGAGCCUAGCCUUUAACGGCUGAGCCAUCGCUCCAGCCCAGAACAUGUAUUUUUAUUAUUUCAAAAGUUAACAUAUUAUUUGAAGAAAAUUUCAAACUCAUAUUGCCUCACUGUCUGCCAUUCUGAUUCAUGAGUGGUUUUAGAAUUCAUCUUAAAUAAUCUGUUUAACCUGCACUUAACUUUUAAGUGUACUUCAGAAAUGCUUGGCUAUUGGUUAUUCUGUGAUAUAACCCUGUUUGUAAUUGAUGGGAAGUAUAAAAUAGUUUGCUUUCUAAAACAGCAAUUAUGGAGAAUAAAUAGUGCCUUUUCUGAAAGCUCACUGGGGCCUUGCAUGGGUCAGUGGAACUUCUGGGCAGUGGUGUAAAUGGGAUUUGUUCAAGAGCUGGGUGUCUUAGCAGUGAAAGCACGAGUCCAAGGGGUCUCUGCUGUCAGAGCGGUGCUCGUGUGUGCGUGUGUGUGCGUGCGUGUGUGUGUCUGUGUGUGUGCGUGUGUGUGUGUGUGUGUGUGUGUGUGUGUGUGUGUGUGUGUGUGUGUACUGGCUGAGGCCAGAGGAGAAUCUCCAGCAUCCUUCUCUCUCAGGCCUUGCCUUUACUCCCUUCAGCAGAUCCCAGUGAUCCUCCUGUCUCUGUCUCCUGCAGCUGGGCCAUCCUGGCUUCUUAUGUUAAUGCUGAGGAUCCAAAGGCAGCCAGCACUCCUAGCCACUGGGCUAUCUUCCUAACUUUCAUAGGGCUCCAGACCAAAUGCUUCUAAAUUCAUGUCUGACUUUCAGAAGUAGGAGAGCUACAGUGUUUAUGAGACAGCAUGUAGAGAGAAAACAGCAGUGAGAAGGCCACACAGUGUAGACAGAGGCUAGGUCAACAUCCUCUGUGUCCCAACCUGGCAUAUCUAUAGUAUAAAGUGUAAUCUAGACUGUAUACCCUUCAAAAAAACCACAAAAGGUUGGACCUCACAACUAUUUAAUUAAAAAUUAUUAAUUUUAUCUUUUCCAUAUGUUUUCCACAGGGUGAACUAAUUUUUUUUUGUAUAGAGUCACCUGACCAGCUUAUCUAGCAGGACCUUGUUAUGGUAAACACCAGCUUGUGUUGCUCUGGGGUCUGGAGACAGGAUGAGAGGCUGUCUCCAACGAGGUGGAAGGCAAGAACAUGCAUUCAAGGUGUCCUCUGACCUCCACAGACAUGCCACACAUACACACACACACACACACACACACACACACACACACACACACACACACACACAAGCGUAUUUAGGUUACAGUCCUAAUGUGUGUUUGCCCUGAGAACCUCACCUGGAGACUGAAAGGGGAGGGUGAAGGGAGGGUGUGCUCACCAACAGGCUGGGAAUGGAAAGACAGAACAGAGAUUGUUUGAGAAACUCCUCUGACUUGUCUGUCUGGCUCUGGGAUUGCUCUGAUGCGCACUGGAAGGUUUCUCGGCCUUUGGCGAAAUUUUUCCUUGCAUCUGAACACCUAGUUCUGGGGAAUGUGGUCUGUUGUGCCCAUUUCAUCUCUUCCUCUUGCCCUCUAACCAGGACUUAGUGUGCUUUGCCUCCCGCAGUCUGGGUGUUUAAAGCCUGUGACUAAACUCCCGUGAUGAACGGUUGGAUUGUCUGCAGUUUUAGAGGGAAAACACUUAGAAAUUUGCUUCCGAGAACACCUUGAAGUUUCUGUAAAAUUCGAAGAUUUGUAUAAGAAAUAAUUAUUUUAUGUACUUGUAAAAUUGUACUUAUUUAUAUGUAUACAAGUAUAUGCUUAUUUAUGUGUGUGUAUGUGCGCAUGUGUGUGUGUGUGGGUCAUGGCAUUUGCAUGCACCAUGGCUUGUAUGUGGAGGUCAGAGGACACCUUGCCUUCCGCCUUGUUGGAGACAGGCUCUCUUGUUCGCUGCUGGGUACCUCAGGUUAGUUGGCCUGUGAAGUCCUAGUGUCUCCCCUGUCUCUGCUUUCUAUCUUGCCUCAGGAGGCUGGUAUUCCAGACCUGUGCAUCUUACUUACCCUGUGAUAUUUGGGUCCUGGCAGGCCUUCACACUUGUGUGGCAAGCCCCUGACCCACGGAACCAUCUUCCAAGCAUAAAAAAACAACCAUUUUUAAAGAAGAGUCUGUUAUUUCAUAACCUUGAAAGUCCGAAUUAAUGCAAAAGGUAUAUUCCUUUAUAUAACACAAACCACUAAAGCUAAAAAAAAAAAAAUGAGACAGUGUGAAAGUAUACUCAAUAAAAAAAAUUAAGUUUGGGGUUGGGGAUUUAGCUCAGUGGUAGAGCGCUUGCCUUGUAAGUGCAAGACCCUGGGUUCGGUUCUCAGCUCCGAAAAAAAGAAAAAAAAAUUAAGUUCUUGGUGCUGGAGAGGUGGUUAAGUUGUAAAGAGCAUUGGCUGCUCUUCCUGAGGACCCGGGUUCAGUUCCCAGCACCCACGUGUCUGUUACUCUAGUUCCAGGGGAUCUGAUGCUUUCUUUGACCUCCCUGAAGUGGUGUGUAGAUAGGCACACAGGCAGAACACCUGUACCAUAAAAUAAAAAUACUAAAAAUGGUUGCAUAUCACUCCAGAUCGCCAACCUCCCUGCCUACGGGGAUCAUCGUAACCAGUUCCCACUUGUCUCUUGAGUGAUAUUUUAAGUGUGUGCAAACACGUCUGCUCGAUUCUAGAUCUCCUUUUAAAUAAACAGCAGUAUGGAAGCCUCUGUGCCGUGUGUUUCUCACUCGGUGUUUUGAGGAUUGAUGCAGACAGAUCUGUUGGGUUCCUCUCCUCGGCUGUUCUGUGUUUCAUUGCACAGAUGAACCGUGGUUUAACCACUCAUUGUGACGGACAUCCACAUUUCCCCAGCUUUGCCUCUACAGGCAGUUCUACAUACUCUUUACAUCAGCCUUUUCCACAUGCAUCUUGCUCGUAGAAAUUCCCAGAAGCUUAAUUAAUGUGUCAAAGAGUAUGUUUGGUUCCAGUUUUGAUGCUUCUUGCCAAAUGGAGUCCACGGAGGGUGACCAAUUUAUAUUUCAUCAAUGCUGAUCUCAAAAGAUGUGUGCACGCAGCUCAGUGAUAGAGCACUUUCAAACAAAGAACUUAAAGCCGAACUUCAGAAGCUGAUCCACCCUUCUCUUUCCAGAAUCAAACAAGCUCAUCGCACCCCUGCACUAGCUGGCCCCCAUGCCAGGGAUGUCCUUCCUCCAGAUCUUAAUAUAGCCGAGCUCUUGUCACUUAAGCCUCAGUAAACGGUGGAAACAAGUCAGGAUUCAAGUCUUUAGCAUUUGGAGUUGGGGACAGUGUGGGUUAUCUAUCUUGGUUAGCUGUAAGGCCAGCAUAAGGUGUGCCAAACCCUAUCUCAAAACCCAGACAAAUACACAGACACACAUCUGGGGAUGGACUACGUUAGCUUUGUGAUCGAGUACUGUUCUUGAAUGCUCAGUGGCCCAGGUCCAAUCACCAGCAGCGGAAAAGGAAGUUCCUAGAUGUUCCCUUUUCACUUUCUUGCUAGAGUCUCCAUUUUCAUUUCUGCUUGUGAGACAAGUCUCACAUAGUCAAGGCUGGCUUUGAACUUCCCAUAAGGCUGACCUUCCUGCUCCUACCUCCUGUGUAUUAGAAAUAAACAACUUGGCUUACUUGAGCAGAGCUCGGUACAUUUUAUCUUUUGAUCUUUGCUCAUUGGACUGCAGCGGAGUAUGUAAAGUCUCGACUCCCAGAGGCUCUUAAGCAGCACCUUCAGGAUUAUGAGAAGGACAAAGAAAACAGUGUCCUGACCUACCAGACCAUCCUCGAGCAGCAGAUCUUGUCAAUCGACCGAGAAAUGCUGGAAAAGUUGACAGUGUCCUACGACGAAGCAGGAACAACGUGUUUGAUCGCUCUACUCUCAGAUAAAGACCUCACCGUGGCCAACGUGGGUGACUCUCGAGGAGUCUUGUGUGACAAAGAUGGCAAUGCCAUUCCCUUGUCUCACGAUCACAAGCCUUACCAGCUGAAGGAGAGGAAGAGGAUAAAGAGAGCUGGUGGGUUCAUCAGCUUUAAUGGCUCCUGGAGGGUCCAGGGGAUCCUAGCCAUGUCUCGAUCCCUGGGAGAUUAUCCGCUGAAAAAUCUCAACGUGGUCAUCCCAGACCCAGACAUCUUGACCUUUGACCUGGACAAGCUGCAGCCUGAGUUCAUGAUCUUAGCGUCGGAUGGCCUGUGGGAUGCUUUUAGCAAUGAAGAAGCAGUUCGAUUCAUCAAGGAGCGCUUGGAUGAGCCGCACUUUGGGGCCAAAAGCAUCGUCCUGCAGUCCUUUUACAGAGGCUGCCCUGACAAUAUUACAGUCAUGGUGGUGAAGUUCAGGAAUAGUAGCAAAACGGAAGAGCAGUGAGCCCUACAGGAUCUCAGCUGUCCCAAACUAGAGGACGCUCAACAUACUGUUCUCUUCAUGUAGUAAACAGUGUGGGAAUUAUAAUUAGGAUCAUGCAUCCCAACACAGAACCCCCUUCCCUGAUGGCCUUGAAUCCCUUUGGAGUGCUGAGCUGAGGGUUCCCUGGCUGACAUCGAAGAGAGGCUGCUAGGUUUGUGCUCCCCCAGCCCUUCUAUCAGUGUUUGAAAUGCAUACAUAGGUAGCCGUAGAUCCCACGUGUGAGGCAAAAGAAAGACAGGCCAUGUAUUUUCCUUUUUAAUGUACUUUUCAUGAUCUCUUUCCUGGUCCUUCAGGAACCUGCCUUGGUGUCCUCUCCUGCACCUGGGAAGGGCGAGCCGGUGUUGCCCGUCCAUCACCGUGAUGAUGUGGUAGCCACGCUCUCUGCCUCAAAGUAGUUCCCUCAGAAAUGCUCUCCCCUUCUGAGCGUUGGCCUUUAGUACUCCAGCAGCCUGGAAGGAGACGUGCAACACUUAGUCAUGUGUUGCCUGCUCCUAGAGACUGAGGCACGGAAAGUCAGUGCAGCUUCCUGUACACCAGACCUCCCCCUUCCCCUUGCUUCCUUCAUUAGUUAAGAGAGUCAGGAUGCAGUUAACCAGCCCCUAUGUCUCUCCUCCUGGAGGUAACCUCACCAUGUUCACACCUUACAGGGUGGAAAGCACAUCACAGUACAGUGCCCUUCCGCCCUGAAGGAGGAAUAGGGCUGGGAUGAUUCUCAAUGUGCUUGAGAAUCGCUGUCCACCCUGGAGAGGAGGGCAGGAGUCCUGGGGUCACCAGCUCACACUCACCAGCCGCUGGUUUCUGCACGGCCCUUCUCGAGCCCGUUCUACCAAGUAGCUUUCCUGUCUCCCAAACAGUGCUGGGAGAAACUGCAGCCUAGAAUCACCCACAAGUGCUGUUCCCAGCUAGCACCGCAAGUUGGUAUUUGGUGGCAAACUACUGGGACAUGCUUCCUGGCAAGAGAAAGACCUUUCAUGUUCAAUUGCAAAUACCCAUACCCAGGCAAAUGUGAACUGUCUGCUGUGACCUGGAGGGAGAACGGCAGACUGGCUCCUGGGGACCUGCGUGCACUGGUGGCAGAGCUGGUUGGGAAGAGAACCCUCAGAGACAAGCAGCAGAGUCAUUUGGGGGCUAGAGGGCUAGAUUACUGCUCCUAACACCAAAGUUAUGGGGGGGGGGGGUCCCAGUCUAUAUACUUUGUAAGUUAAUUUAUAGGACAUAUUAGGUUGUCCUUUUUGAUUGAUUGAACCAGCCCCAAAGAGCCAAGGUUAUCGUUGUGAACACGCUCCGAGCCCGCCUGGCUUUGUCCUCUCAGAGGGUGUUUGUCAGCAUGGCUUCUCAGGGCCUGCUCCUUAGCUACCCCUUCCCCACUGCCAAGCCCUCUGUCCUUCAGCUGCAGGGCUUGUAGGUGGAGAAUGGCAGACUUGGACUCCUCGGACGCACACUGUCUUGAUUCCGCUGGGAACUCGCUUUCCUCUGACUGCAUCAAGAAUUAAUAAUGGCCUCCCAGAAAAAUCACUUACUUUUGUAUCUUGUGUCUUCAACAUUGGAAUUAGGGUCUUUUCUGCUUUUCAGAAUGUUUUAGUACAAAAUACAUUCUAUCAUGUUAGAGUGGAGCGUUGGCUUGUGGAGAUGCGGGCUGACGGUGUUCAUUAUGGCUCUAGUGGAAGGGGAGUGGAGGAGGCAGGUGUGGGGUUAACCAGUGCUGGGAUGGGCCUGUCCACUUCGGAUGCUCUUACUCUAGAGUGCCCGAAGCCCUUCCUCUAGCUAAAGGUCCAGAUUGACAGAAGAGAGUCAACUCUUUUCUGUAUUUGCCUAACACAGAAGUAUAUAACAAGAGGAAAGAAAAGUAAUUCGAGACACAAAUGUUUCCGUAAAGAAAAAAAAAAAAAAAGACUUUGCUAUCAAAUUAGUCGGUUGGUAUUCCUUGAGCAAGCAGGGUCUUUAAACCAGCAUGGCUGACUACACUGGCUACAGAGCCUUCUGAUCGAGGUUUAUGGAUAUGUCUUGUAAAUUUUGCUUUGGAGAAGAAACUUAUUUAACCAAAUAGGAAAAAAAAAAUUAUAUAUAUAUAUAUAUCUCCUUUCUGGCCUCUUCCCCUUCCCAUGGCUUGUAUACUUUUUUAAAGAUAGAAAUUCUAGGCAAAAUGGUAGUAUUUUGAUAAGUAGUUACACAUAAAACAAGAGUAGCCCUUUACCUUCUCCCCCUCCUGGAAUGCCCCUUCCUGAUCUGUGCCCAGCCAUGGCGAGUCUACAGUUAGGUGUGGGCUCUGCAUCCUGGCCACUCCCCUUCUCUGGCGGCUUCAGAAGGGUGAAUCUAGCUGCAAGAGAAACGGAUUUGAGAGAGUAAGUGUGAAACUUCCAUAAACAGCACUGCCAAAGCCUUGGGCCCAUCCCAAAGGCUCCCCGGACUCCCUACCUAGCCUGAGUUCUAAUUGCCAAUAGUCCCCACAGUGCCAAAGUUGGGAGAGUUUUACAGUGUUUUAGGAGUAGAGCUGAUGCCAGCCCAGCCCCCCAGGCCCCUUACCUGUGCUGCUGCUUCCCUGGCGAUUUCUACUCUUCAGGUGGGAUAGGGUGGGAGGGUGGGGCAGGAUUUUAAAGAACUCACUGCAUUUGCAGUUGUUUAAUCAUAAAAAUAAAUUAUACAAACCCAGAACAGUCCAAAGCUAGUUCCCAAGAGCUGUUUCUAAAAUGUGAUCAGCUCAGCCAAGCCAGUCUGGAUCACUGUUCGACCCCAUGGUGUGUGCACUCACUCCCGGUAGCCAGGUACUCUCUGCUCCUUGCUGUGAAUGGAAGGGACUGGCCUCUUGAAUCUGGUAUUUGUCAAAAACAAGACCCAGAGAAGGUUCUAGUACACAGCUUCCCCGGCUUGGCAACUGUGAUUUGGACAGUUUGCACAGAUGCAGAAGAAGGCAGGGAGUGCUAGCACUGAUGUUCUAAUCCUCUCAGGAGGCUCUAGGGAGCUGACUGCACUCUUGGCUUGGGCAUCUGGAAAUGUGUGAAGGAGUCACAAAAGCAGUGACCUCUUUUUCCUUUGCCAGGUGCACUUUGAUUUUCCUGUUUGUUCUCAUCCUCCUCUUCCUGAUUUCACAGAUCUUUUUCCUCCUUUGACCCAGGAUUACACAUAGCUUCUCUCUGGAAUAGUCACCCAAAGUACCCUGUGUUUGUUUAACCAGCACUCCUGAUUCAGCUCUGGACAAGAUGGCGGUCAGAUACUGGGGAAGGAGGGAGGUGAACUCCGAACCAUGAACUGCCUUUGGGCAAAUCGGAUGCAUCUUGCAGGAACAGAGGAAUCUAGCAGCCCUCAACACAGGGAACACAUAUACUAGAAAUGUUUUUAGAUACAUGGUUUUAUUGUCAGAGGAGGUGGGGAGCCAUACUUCAUGGUGCGAAAUAAAUUCACAACCAAGCUGAAUGUCAUAGAGGAGAGGAGAAAAUCACAUACAACACAGUGUCUGCAAACUUCUUGUUUUUCAUAUUAGCUUGAUCACAGGUCUGAAUAACCCCUCCUGACAGGCCAAUGGGAUCCUAGGAAUUACGGUUUGUAAGUCAGAAGCACUGAGCAUUCAUCUGCAAGGCUGGCUUAGGAUAGAAACAGUAUUGGAAUGCGAUGAUUUGAUAUGACCAACGGUCUCCAUUGACAGCAGAAGGCCAGCAGGCACAUUGAAACAUUCUGAAAGGCCUCCCUCCUUUUCUGUAAGAAGCAAGGGCUUCGCCAUGCUGGGCUUCUCGGCUGGGCUACCUCAGCGCUCAGUCGUUUCUCUGCAGCUUUCUUUGCUUUCCAAAUUAAACCAAGAUGUUUUUCCCUCAUCACUGACACACACCAAGAAAGAAAGGAAGGAGGAAGGAAGGAAAGAAGGAAGGAAGGAAGGCAGGCAAACAAGCAAGCGGGAAAAUACACACUUGAUUGACAUUGUAACUAAUGUGUAAUAGGAAUGUCAACUGUUAAUAUUGACACACUAUUAUCUUUUCUCUCUUCACACCAGACUCUUUGAAAUAAUUUGCAAUCUAGAACUCAUAUAUCCUGAAAUUCAUAGCCUAUGUCAUCCUGUCUUUACACAUGUGCACACACGCGCGCGCGCGCGCACACACACACACACACACACACACACACACACACACACACAGACAGUUAAGUCUGGCAACUUAAAAGGCUUGCCCAUAUCUAUCUCCCUAGCCAUUAUCAAUUGGGGGAGGGGGAACAGGCAGCUGUAACAAGUAACCCAAAACUAUGGGUGAAACACAGAAUAGAAUAAAUCUGGGGUACAGUCACUAAUUUAAAACUGCAUCUGAUAUUUUGGGGAAUAUGCCACCUAUAUAAUACAAAAUAGUAAAAAGUAAAACAAAGCUAAGAAUAGCAUCCCUUAAACUAAGCCGUAGAUCGGAAAAGGACAAGGACAGUUGGUACGGUGGGAUCCUUAGGUCCGUUUCUAAAUGUCCCCUAAUACAUAAGCGUUUGCAGUCUUAGUAACGCUGCUGCUCUGUCCGUCGUUUGGUCGGUUUACUACUGCCGAGGGGCAUACUGUCAACCCAGUGUUAUAUCAUGUACAUGUAUAAUCAUGUACAUGUACACCCAUGUACAGUCUGGGUUAAGGUCACCUCUGAGACGCGUGUGUGCUGUUCAUCUCCACAAAUCAUCAUAGGCGCGUUUGCUGUUCAGAAUUUCACUAAGAAGCAAACAUGCAGCAAAGGAGUAGUUCAUAUUCAGGGGCCUAUUUUCAUUUAUUCUAAGUCUUGUAUUGUUUAACCACAGAAUCUUGUACAUUCGCCACGUCUAAAUACAUUUUUGAAAGCUUCCAAAGACCAGCCUCCUUCUUCUUGGCAUAAGGACAUUAUUUAAUGGUUCUGGCGGCAGCUUGGGGCUAGCAGGUUUUAAGGAAGGGCAGGAAAAUCUACCUGACCCUCACAGUGCUCAUGAGGAACUCUAGCAGCCACACAUUAUCACAACAUUCCCGACAAUCCAGAUCUUUAAAUAGGAGAGUUACAUCCUUUCAGACCAUUUAAUUGCCCAUUCAUAUCUGAAGUGUGUUCACACAGAGGCAAAGGGAGAAGCCUUGGUCCAGGACUGGGGUGAAAGUGGUCAAGCCUGGGUUUCCAGAUGCCUGUGCACAUGCAGCUUUGGAUACAAACUUCCAACUCCUGUACGAAGCAUCGUACAAGAGGUGCUAGUGUAGACAUUUGCUGAUUCUUUAAAAAGGAACCCUCAUUUUCAACAGCAAAGUUGAACUGUUGUAAACUGAGUCCCAAUCCCCUUUCUCCCCAGUGGGGUCUGGUAGGUGUGGGCUCACCCAGCAUGGCCCUAGCAAGGCACCAGCUCAUUCUCUUCCUGCCCAAACCCUGGAUGUGGCUUUUCUUAGAAUGUUUGCAUUUUCAAAGUAAUGUCCCUUUUUAUACUUUUUAAAGAUGCUAAUGGAGAUGAAAUGGUUUGAACAUGCUGGUGAUUUUCCAGAUGUCAGCUGUCAACAAGGAAAGCAGUGACUGCCUGGUUGAUAACAGGCAGGUUCACGGAAAUAAUUUCACUGUGCAAUAAUUUAGCAUUUUUUUAUGUAAUACAGUCACACUACUCUCAUAAUUUUUAAUUAGCCUGAUAGAAAGCAUGUAUUAGACAUCUUUAAGUUGGGAGGAUUAUGUCCUAUGUAAAUUUUAAAUUUGCCUCAACCUAUGUAAGGACGAAUAGGGACUGCUUAGAACACUGCACACAGUUCUGUCACACAGGGAGAAUCUAAACCAUGGAACAGUAGACAAUGCUCUCUACAGGCUCCAAGGCUCCAUCCAGUAGUUUCUCUGUGUGUUUUUCAUCGGAUCCUUUUACCUGAAAACCCAAAGUUGGGAAAUUGCCACGACAUCAUUUCAGAGCAGUAGAGGGCUCCUACAUUCUUAACUUCUGUUUGUUCUUUUAAAACUGGCUCUGUGAAAGAGAUUGGGACUAUCUGCCUGUGUCCUCCCUUAGAGAGGAAGGCAAAGUUGGAAUGGAGAGCAUUUAGGGACCAGGACGGGGUGGGGGGGCAGGACCACCCCAAUGGAGGGAAUGGAACCUGCAUUUGGUUAAAGUCGGAUCACUCACAUUUCUGGUCACUAGCGUUUACAUGUUUACCGUCUGGUUGUCCUGAGUGCUGUCCCUCUCCGCGGUCCUUGGCUGUUAGGCUUACCUCUGUUUCUGUGUGAACAUCCUUUUGACAAUGGAUUGUCUAAAAUAGAACACUGUGACAACGCACGGCACCGUGUUUGCCAUCUACACUGCCUUCUCACAGGAGGUUGAGAGAGAAUGUGCCUGAGUCGUCCCCGACGUGACAGGGGACAUGCAUGGCCUCAGCAGUGGUCUGGUAGAAGCCAGGCUUCCUGUCCUCCAGAGAGAAUGGGAAGGAAUGGUAACCUUGUACCAUGUGGAUUUGUGUUUUUCUUUCUAUUUUUGGUCCUAAGAGAUGAUAAAUUGUAAUGCCCCAAGAGCAAACCCAGGACUAAGAAUGUUUAUCAUCCGUCUCCUAACAAUGUGGAUGGCAAAUUUGUCAUUUGGAAGGCUAGCAUAUUUCAGGAAUACAAUUACUUAACUUCAAAUGCAAGCAAACACGAAAUGUCAGAUUUUUUUAAACAACAAAAAUGGUCUCUUAGCAUUCCACAUUCUAAACAUGAUUUAUGUUUUGUACUUUGAACAAGAAUAGCAAAAUCUAUUUUCUGUAUGGGGGGGGGACCUAAAUAUCAGCUGUGGGUUUUUUAACCAAAGAAGCAAAGGCUUUUAACCUCUGCCAGCCCCAUCUUCCCUAAGCUAUUUGAGCCCCACUGGGUUACACUCCUCUGCUUACUCAGAAUAAACUAACAAGAAAAAAGCACCUCACAGUAGUAUGGAGUCAGCACUUGCAGAAGAAAUCUCACGAGUUUCUGACACAAUCAAGACCACAGGGCUGGGGGCGGGGAUAAUACAGAAAGGAGGAAGAGGAAAGGAAAGAGGGAAGGGACCACUGUCAUAGCUGAGUGGUAGUCUCUGUGAAUGGUAGCAUAGCUCAGAGGUCCUGAGCUUGUCCUGAGCCGUCACUGGAAGUGCUGGCUUUGUAUAAGUUCUUUAUAUCCACCUGACAUCAUGAAAUCCUUUCCCUUGGCAGUGUGUCCUUUCUACUUUAAACAUCAGCUCGGGUUGUUUCUCAGAACAUACCAAGAUCCAUAAUGUAUCAGCCAUGUUUAAAAACUCUUGACAUGUUUAAUGAUCUCACAGAUCAACCAGGCUUCUGACUCAGUCCCCCAAACCCAUCUGUACAUCAGAGCCUUGCUGAAACCGGUGCACUUGGACCUACUUAGGGCGUUUCAUUUCUACAGUCUACACUUGUCUCUACCAGACGUGAGAAACCACAAUGCUGCAGGGGGUUUGGGUAGAGGUCAGAGCCGGUGGCAAUGCAGUCACUCAAGAUGCAUGGCGUGUCAUUUGGUCCCUUUGAUGUGCAGGGUAGAGUUGGCAUUGUAGAGACUGCUGUGUUCAUGCAACCACUAGUUCUAUGUUGUACACAAAAUGAACAGCUAAAGGAGAAAAAGUAAACCCAUUAAAGCUAUUAAAAUAUA